AUGGGGGAGAGCUAUGCAGGUUGGCAAGAUUGUGGUUCUGCUCAGGGGCUAAGGGGAGUGAUGGAAAUUUCCAGCGCUAUGCCUCAGGUGAGCAUGCAACUUUUCCAGGAAUGCAACUUUUCCAUCACAACAUCUUGUUCAAAAAUAGAGGAAGGCAUUGCAAUUCUCAAACUCGUGGUUGUCAAGCCCCAGUACUCCACUUGGCUGAAGAGCCCAAGAGGAAAUUCUUACCACGGAGGGAGCUAUGGUCAAAAGGUGUGCUAUGGUGCCUUCAAGCGUUCAUGUUACAAGUUAGCCUAUUUCCAGGACUUGUCUAGACGCGUGGGCUUUCAGGAGGCCCGCCAAGCUUGUGAGAUGGAUGGUGGGGCUUUACUGAGCUUGGAAAGUGAAGCUGAGCAGCAGCUGAUAGAAAACAUGUUACAGAACCUCACUAAGUCAGGCUCCGGGAUUUCUGAUGGUGAUUUCUGGAUCGGGCUCUGGAGGAGCGGCGACGGACUGGCCACGUCAAGUGUUUGCCCCGACCUCUACCAGUGGGCUGAUGGAAGUAUUUCACCCUUCAGAAAUUGGUAUACAGAUGAGCCUUCCUGUGGAAGUGAAGCCUGUGUGGUGAUGUAUCAUCAGCCAACUGCAAACCCUGGUCUGGGAGGGCCAUACCUUUAUCAGUGGAAUGAUGAUAGAUGCAACAUGAAGCACAAUUUUAUCUGCAAAUAUGCCCCAGAUAAUGUCUUAGAAAAAGAAUUAGGAGACAGAGCAGAGCCAGAUUACGAUACUAUUCCAACAGUCCCAGCAGGAAAUCCUUAUGACACAAGCAAACCAGAAGAUCAGUAUCACAUUAUUGCUACUGAAACAGGUAUAAUUCCGAAUCUAAUUUAUGUUGUAAUACCCACUAUACCACUACUGCUGUUGAUACUGGUGGCUUUUGGGACUUGCUGUUUCCAGAUGCUUCAUAAAAGGGAAGCAAGGAGAAACUGCUUCAAAGACCCAUCUCCAUUAUCAUCUGAAUGCCUUGCAGAAAGUUUAAAUUCCAACCUGUAAAGGAAGAACAAAAACCAGUCCCAACCAGUCCACACUAUGGAUUUCAAAGACGCCUAGGAAGGACAGUAGCAUGGAGGUAUAAUGAUUUACUGACUGAAAAGAAAGCAAAAAUAACAUUUUGCAGUGAGGCUGUAUUUAUAAUGUCGUCAAAGAACGUUAGCUUGGAAUGGCUUGAAAAUGCAAAGGAUCUACAAGAAUGAACUGUAAGCUCCCCCUUGAGGCAAAUGUUCAGAUCAUUUUUAUAUAACGUUUGUUUAUUAAUUCAGUAACAAAAUAUGCCAUGCUAAAUAAAGGGUAUGUGUUUAUUUUGCUAAGAGAUGUAAAAGUUAGCUAGUUGUGAGCAAUGAAAUGAACGGAACGUUUGAAGUUUUUAUGGGGAAAUAUCCACAAUGUAUAUUGGUUUUAAGACUGUUUGUAGUUAAACAAACCCUCUUUGUUUUCUUUAGUCUCUCAUGCAUUGUAACCUAGUUGAUGUACUGUAAAUGGAACUGACAAUUUUACAGUGUAACAAUUAUUUAUCUUUGCAUAAAAGUUUGAUAC